AUGAAGGGCUACCUGGACCAGCAGGUGCCAUUCACUUUCUCGCAGCAGCCGCCGGACCACGCCGCUCCCGGUUGUCGAGCUCAAACGGGCGCUCGGAGGACACCCGCGGCCCCGGGCCCGCCGCCAGCUCAGGAGUCGGAAGACCUCUUCCAGGAUCUAAACCAGUUCCAGGAGACUUGGCUGACAGAAGCUCAGGUUCCAGACAGUGAUGAGCAAUUUGUGCCUGACUUUCAUUCAGAAAACUUAGCUUUUCAUAGUCCUCCUGCUAAGGUUAAGAGGGAGCCCCAGAGUCCCUCCUCGGACCCCACACUGUCCUGCAGCCAUAAGCAGCCUUUCCAGUACCACAAUGGCAAGCAGUGCCUUUACAUCAGUGCCUAUGAUCAGACCAGACAAGUUGGAAUCAAGUCCCCCAACCCAGGACAUCCACUACAGUCACCACUCCAGCAUUUCCCUAGGCAAGACAGGAGCUUCCUGAGCCCUGCGGGUCCUCCCCACUCCACCUCCAGCUGUGGAUACCUCAUGGAAAACAGCUCUGUCUACCAGCCAGCUGUAGAGAUGUGCCGCUCCUUCCCCUCCUCGCAGGGCAUGGCCCGAGAAGCCCCUGUCGCCUACCAGCGCCAAGUGCCUGAGCCCUGCCUCCAGUACCCCCAGCAGGGCUUCAAGCAGGAGUACCAGGACCCACGGUAUGAGCAGGCGAGCCAGGGGGGCAGCAGCUGUCAGUACCCGGUGGCUGUGGUGGUCAAGCAGGAGCAGGCCGACUAUGCGUAUGACGCAGAUGUUCCUGGCUGUCCUUCCAUGUACAUGAAUGUUGAGGGUUAUCCAAGCCAGUCAAAUACAGAAGGCUCAUUAGGCUACAGCUAUGACAAGCAGAUGUGGUCCUCUGCUGAUGAUGUCUGUGUUGUUCCAGAAAAAUUUGAAGGAGACAUCAAGCAGGAAGCUGGAGGGUUCCGGGAAGGACCACCAUACCAGCGACGAGGAUCGCUCCAGCUCUGGCAAUUCCUUGUGGCUCUACUGGAUGAUCCAACCAAUUCCCACUUCAUUGCCUGGACUGGCAGAGGGAUGGAGUUCAAGCUCAUUGAGCCAGAAGAGGUAGCCAGGCUGUGGGGCAUCCAAAAGAACCGUCCAGCCAUGAACUAUGACAAGCUAAGCCGGUCCCUUCGCUACUAUUAUGAGAAGGGCAUCAUGCAGAAGGUGGCUGGAGAGCGUUACGUGUACAAGUUUGUGUGUGAGCCCGAAGCUCUCUUCUGUCUGGCCUUUCCUGACAAUCAGCGACCAACCCUGAAGGCAGAGUUUGACCGGCAGAUCAGCGAGGAGGACACAGUGCCUCUUUCUCACUUGGAUGAGAACACACCUUACCUGCCACACCUUGGGCGACUACCCCCACAGUUUUACGGCAAAGGCUACAUGUAUUAG